AUCCUGUCUGCAUGGACUCUUCCUAGAAGGCAGACACGCUCAUGUUUGCCGUGUGUAAAUUACAAGGACAGGAACGCUGUUGGUAUGAACCCGGACUGAUCGAGGAUCACUAAUCUAAUCAGUAAAACAACGCCUUCGGCUUGUUCAUCGACGCUCCCAUGACAGAGCCACUUUCCAAUCAGCUGGACAUUGUCAAGCAACCGGAGCGCACUGCAAUAUGGUCCAUAUAUACUCACAUGGCUCCAGGGCCUCCUUUUCUCCCUUUUCUUACAGGUUAAUCUUCCCCUUUUGUGGCGCAGAGAAGUCUGUUUGGACUAUUCAGUUAUCGAUCCAUAGUAUCAUCCCUAAGGCCUACGGACUUUGCUAAGCAACGUCACGAUGGCCCUGGCGGGAUGGCAUCGAGGAGAACGCGCUAUCCAACAGAAGCUUGGAUUUGAUGGACCCAUGAGCACCGCAUACACUUGGAUCGAGGGCGCUAUGCCCUAUGAGCAUCAGCUCUUUCAUUCCACACGUCUACCCUUUGUUUCGGUAACCGCUGUUGAUGACCUGGGUCGCCCGUGGUCCUCAAUAUUUGCAGGUUCUAAUGGUCAAUCUGGAUUCAUCAGAAGUCCGACGUAUGAUAAGCUGAUCAUGGACGUUCACUUGUGGGAAGGGGAUCCCUUCAUUGAGAAUGCGAAACUAUUUGGAUCAAAGAGAAUGCUUGCUGCCGGAAUCGGAAUUGAGUUUUCGACACGGAGACGCAAUAAGUUUGCGGGGCACAUCUCGAAACUGGAUGAUAAGGGCGAUACUAUCUUUCAUCUCGAAUUUGAGGUAAAUCAAGCUAUUGGGAACUGCCCGAAGUACAUCAACGCUCGUGACUUGAUCCCACAUCCAGAUACCCACCCCACGGUCGUUCACCGACAUACGCGACUAAACGCAGACGAUCGUCUUCCGCCUGAACUCAUUGAGUUUAUUCAUACUUCGGAUACUGUAUUCCUAGGGUCGCAUUAUCACGCAACAAAGGAAGACGAGCUGUGGUUUCCGUCACAUGUAGGCCAAAACCAGCGCGGCGGGCGGCAAGGCUACAUUCGAGUCCGACCAAGCGACAAUAGGACCAUCGUCCUCCCAGACUACUCUGGCAACCGUCUGAUGACGUCUCUCGGAAAUAUCGAAGCUACACCUGUUGCAUCCCUCACUUUCGUCUCAUUUACAACCGGAGACAUUCUCUACAUUACGGGAGAAGCCCAUACUCUCAUAGGGACUCCGGCCCUGAAAUUGAUGCCACGCCAGGAUGUGCUCACGACCAUCUAUGUGACUGGAUAUAUUUUUGUCCGAGACGCACUUCCUGUCCGACAACGUCCAGGCUCUGAAGUGCAACAGAGCCCUUAUAGCCCUCCCAUCCGCUUACUCGCUGAGGAAAUGACUUCUAAUAAUAGGCCAAAGUUCUCCGAUGACAUUUCUGUGACUCUCACUUCUAUUGACCUUCACAGUAACGAUGUCGCUACCUUCACAUGGGAAGCAUCUAAACCGCUGUCGAUCAUCCCAGGGCAAGCAGCCAUUUUAGACUUCACAGACCUGGUUGGUGCACGGGAGUACCAACACAUGGCUCCUUUUAAACCGUCUUCAGUCAACGACGAUCGGAUUCGUACCUGGACUAUCUCCAGUGCCCAAUCGUUCCAUACGCAAGCUAUCCAAAGUCGAAUAGAAGGGACAAAGACGUUCUCAUUGACGAUGCGUGAAAAGCCUGGUGGUGCCGUUACAGGCGCCCUGUUUACCAUCUCGCGGAAGCUCAAAGCUGCAAAGCCAGAGUUUUUGAAAGACGCAAGCCCCCUUGGGUUGAAAGUCAAGUUAAUUGGGAUCAGUGGGGAUUUCAUCUUGAAGGCGCCACAAGUUCCUUCAACUGUGCUAGUGGAGCGCUCGACCAUGCAGUUGCUCUGGAUCGCAGGUGGCAUCGGUAUAACGCCUUUCCUUAGCAUGCUCAGUGCUAUUGUCGGUGGUUCGACGGAUGAGUCGUCUACGGAAUAUGAUAUAAUAUUUCUCCUUGCGACUCGCGAACCUGAAGUCCUCCUUCCUCUUAUCUCCCGUGUCCUCAACCUCUCUUCAAUUUCAGCCAACACCCCCACCGCAUCUCGUAUCCACCUCAAGCUAGACGUGUUUUCACACAAUCCCAUCCCUUCGUUCGACUCGCCACCAAACCCGGAUGAAGUCAGGAUGGAGUUUAGCCCUCGUAAGGGUCGUCUCGACAGUAAAUUCUUCAAUGAGCUGCGGGGCACGGAUAUUGUGAGUAGAAGUGCGUACCUGUGUGGACCUGAAGAGUUUGAGAAGAAGAUUUUGGAAAUGUUGGAGGAGGUCAGUGUGGAUAGGACGAAAGUGAGGAGAGAGGGGUUCGAGUAUUGACUGAGCACCGAAGAAGCUGGUACGCAAAUCCAAUACAUGGAUUUUAUUCAAACCGCCGCAUUACUUACUGCCCUUUUAUUUCCUUGUUAAAUUAGGUUUAUAUUGGAUUUGUCUUGAAGCGACAUCCACGGCGGUGAAUUUGCCGAAUGCAUUCCACGAAUACUUCACCUUCCUGUUCGAGGGGUCACAUGGUGACACAGAUUAUGAGUUGGUCGAUCGGGAUCGGUCGAGAUCGAAACCUUUGACAACCUGGUCAGGGGAGGAUAAGCAGUGCUUCAAGUUGGCUUCAAGACUACGUUCUGAACACAAGGAACAGGUUUUUGUUCCUGGGUGUAUGGUACACUCUCCUCUCACCAACCUCUCCGCGGACCACAUUAUACAUACAUACAUCGGUUCUUGCAGCAAUCCGGUGGAAUGACCUUUCUACCGUGUGGUACAAUAUAAAUAUAUAUGUUCCACGGACCUGCCAUACACAUGCGCGCAUACUGCAACAACACUCGUAAGGAUCGAGAUAAGUUAUAUGUUUGGGGGUGUAGAAUGGGCAAGUCGUAACGACAGCGAGAAAUGUCCGUCCGACAAUUCACCUGUGCCCUCAUUCGUACAUCUCAGUCCUUGAUUUACAUACUUUGACAUACCCAGUCUGAUAUACUCUGAUAGCAGUGAGUCAAAGUCAUGAUCAUAUGCAUUCAGCGUACGUACAAAGGCACAAUCGAAGCGGCUCAAAUACCUUACGCUACACGGUUAAACCACGGGUAGUAACUGUUAAUAGUGACAGCUUAAUAUAACAUAGUAGAGUUACCGCC